CUUCCUUUUGUACACUGUAUCUGGAUGCCUUCUGUUUCCGUGUAUUUCUGACUUGUAAAUCAAAAGCAACCCCUUAUUUUCAACCCUUAAAUCUCUCUUCCCUUGUUUUGCUUUUCACAUUUGAAUUCUUUUCUUUUCACAUCAUUAGACCUUGAAGUCCACUUUGGUUUUUGUUUCCCACUUCUUCAAUUUUCCUUGGCGGGAACAGUGUGAUUAUGUGUUCUGAAACAGUUCGCCCUCGUUUCUCUUUUUCCCAUGAUGUCUCUGAGCUACUAAAGAAACAACCACGCAAAGACUCAAUGCUUGUUAAGUCAAAUCAUGACUUUGAGUUCAGCACUAGCACAACCCUUGAGUUUGAAUCUUCUUCAGCAGAUGAGCUUUUCUCUAAUGGGGUGAUACUUCCCAUUCAGAUGCAACAAAAGAGAAACACCACUAGGAAACACACCCUUUGUGGUGAGGCUCCAUAUAUGAGACUUCCUCCACUUCCAAGUGCCCCUAGCGUUGACAAACUGAAGAGAGAGAGCAUUAGAGAAGGUCUAGAUAUGAAUGGUGGUUAUUGUGAUAAGAGAACUCACUCCACCUCCUUCUGGGGGUUCAAUAGAAGCAGAAGUCUCAAUUGUGAUGCAAAGAAAAGCUUGAUGUGUAAUUCACCUCCUUUGUCAAGGAGCAACUCAACUGGCUCAGUGCCACAUCCAAAGAGAGUGAGUUCAACUAGAGCUAAGCCAUUAUCAUCUUCAAGUUCCUCUACCUUAAAUUUGUAUCCUGUGCAAAGGUCUCAUUCAGGUAAGGGUUAUGGAGGAUCUUAUGCCAAUGAUCUUAGGAUUAGUCCUGUUUUGAACCUACCAACUCCUUGUAUUUCUAAAGGGAGUGCUCGUCUCUUUGGGUUGGGUUCUUUUUUACGUGUUGGAAAGGCCAAGAAAAGCAAGAAGUGAUUUGUUCAUAUUAGCUCAUGUCAUAGUUUAAUGAUUAAUCUUGGCUUACUAAUUUGUUUAUUCUGAUCAGUGAUCAUACUAGAAAGGAGCAAGUAAUGCAGGUUAAUUAGCAUGGUACUGAGUGAAGUUGAUUGUGUUUAUGUUUUCGUCAGGCUAAUGAUUUGGAGGGAUAAAAAAAUGUGAUGAUCAUGCAGUUAAUAGGGUACAGGCUUGGGGGACAGAACAAUGGGAAUCUGUUCAUUGUUUAUGCUUUGUCUCGUAUUGUUUUCUGUGAUGAUUCAUAUUAUAAAUGGAAGCCUUGUGGCUAGUGAUAGUUCAGAUUAGCACUUGUUUAUUUAUGAGAAUGCUUUUUUGUUUAACUAA